UGAGCAUGCAGGGCUGGAUCCGAGAGUGGGCGGAAAGUACAGCUGGCUGCCUCUGGUCACCUCUCUGCUCUCACUUUCAGUCACUUCACGGUCUUCUGAAAGAAAUGGAUAACCCUGUCUUUACCUGUUACAUUUUCUACAGCACUCUACUGGUCCUCAAACUCUAUACUCUGGCCAUCAUCACGGGACAACUGCGGCUGCACAAAAAGGCAUUUGUUAACCCAGAGGAUGCAUUGAGACAUGGUGGGCUGGAGUAUCAUCGAAAUGAUCCUGAUGUGGAGCGAAGUCGGAGAGCCCAUCGCAAUGCCAGGGAGAAUAUCUUUCCUUUCCUGUUCCUCGGUGCUAUCUACUCAUUGAUGGAACCCAACCUCUUCAUUGCCCAUGUCCACUUCCUGGUCUUCUUCGUGGCACGUGUAGUCCAUAGUGUGGCUUAUCUCUUCGCUUUUAGAGCACCAACACGCUCACUGGCGUACAUCAUCGCACAGGUUCCUUGUGUGUCCAUCGCCGUACAGAUCCUUUCUCACAUUGCAAUCGGUUGGUAAAGGCAAUUGAUACAACAAACCCAGUCGGAGACACUUUGGAAAUACUGGCUGCUGGGAUCAGUUCAUCUCAGACGUGAAGAGUCUACUGUUAGUGUUGGAAUUGUUAUUACAUUGACUUAAAAUCCACUAGACAUCGCCAGCAUAGUGUCUGCUUUACUGAUUGACUCUCUGGAGAUCAAAAUUCUGCUCCUGUGCUAUUAUUUCAUGCAAUCAAACACGCAAAUGCUUCGAUUUCAGCUCAUCAAUUUUAAAGAAAUUAAAUCAAACAAUUUAAAGAAAUUGCUGAAAAUGGUGAGUAGGAGCCAGAUUUAUUAUCCCCUCCAACACCACCCCCACCCACAACAACCGGACACCCGAUUUAAAGUUUUGUUUUGAUCCGAAACCUCAAGAUGGAUCUACCAAAAUGACUGCCCCACAAAUAAUUUUAAAUAGAAGGGUAUCGUUAACAAAAAGCAGAUUGUUCAGACAAUGCUUAAAACAUCCAAUAACUGAAGUUUUAGUGAAUCGCUAUUGUAGCACACAACCACUUCAAAAAACAUUAGAAAUGGGGUUCCAAAGCCCAUUGCAGAAUGAACUGUCACCUUUGCUCAUUUAAAAUGUCACAUAAAUAAUGUAGAGGCUUGUGCCACUUUAUAUGAUGUACAAUGUAGCGAAUCACUGAAUAUUUUGCUAGAUAAGAAUGGUCCAAACCACAUUCCCAACUCAAGUCCACCACACACACCCACACACACACUCGCAUAUGCGCUACACCAUCGUCCAUGCAGUAAGCAGACCCUUGCUUCUCAGCUUGUCUGGAUCCUUAUCUGCCUGUUCAGUAUUGUUUAAUAAAAGAUUCUGCCAUUGGACUUGCUGGAGAUCAUCUUAUUGAGCUAACAUGAGCAACGGACAUUGUUAUCAAUUAGAAGCUGCACAUUAAAACUCAAUGUUGUGACAAUUUCAGAAGUCAAACUAAGGGCCCAAUCUUACCAGUAGAUGAACCAGGAACAAGAUUAGGCCAUUCAGCCGUUUGAGACUCCUCUGCUGUUCAAUAAGAUCAUCGCUGAUUUGGUCUUAACCUGAACUCUACCUUUCUACGUAGCUCUGAUAAUCUUUCAUCCUCAUGGUAAUCACUGGUCCAUCUACCUCUGCCUUAAAAAUAUUGAACUAUUCUGCAUGCACUGCUUUUUGAGGAAGGGAGUUCCAAAGACUCUCAACCCUCUGAGAGGGGACAUCUUCCUCCAAUGAAUGUGACCUGCCCCCAAAGCUCUGUCUAACUGAAGUACUUUGCCAGUUUGAUCUUGUAGUUUUACAAAAGUUUUUUCACACGUGUGUACUUUCCUUUGCUUCUUGUUCAUUUGCAGUAUUAUUAUUCAUUUGCAGUAUUAUUCAUUUGUAUAUAGAUGUUUGAGUAUUGUUGACAUAUUUUGUUGAAGCUCUUUGUCUUGCGUUAAGAUUUACCAAUGUAAGGGGGAACAAUAUUUUAUCAUUAUGACAAGAGGGCAUUGAUUGUUUGGCAAAUUGCGAAUACAAGAUACAUUCUCCUCGGCAA